GUAGGUACGUGGCUGCUUCAGCUGACAGUCUACAAUGAUGGCGACAGAGGUUCAGAGCGGCGACCUCGACAGCGCUACGACCAGCCGGCUCGAAGUUUCCAUCGACGGCCUCACUCUCAGCCCGGACCCGGAGGGUGAACAGAACCAAGUCGAAGAACCGAAUCCGGCACCGGCUCCACCUGAGCUCGAGAAGCCGGUGGACGAAGAGGGCGACGAUGGAGAGUCAACCAAACCUGCGAUAGAGAGGAAAUGGGGCUUUCCUUUACAGGAGCUGUACGGACUGGCCCUUAAAUUCUUUAAAGAUAAAGAUGGUAAAGCCUUCCACCCUACAUAUGAGGAGAAGCUUCGACUUGUGGCCCUCCACAAACAGGUUUUGCUGGGCCCUUAUAACCCCGAUGCUUCACCAGAAGUCGGCUUCUUCGAUGUCCUGGGAAAUGAUCGCAGGAAGGAGUGGGCCUCCUUAGGUAAUAUGGAAAAAGAAGAUGCAAUGGUGGAGUUUGUGAAGCUUCUCAACAAGUGCUGUAACCUCUUCGCUCCUUACGUCAUAUCACACAGAAUUGAAAGGGAGGAGCAGGAGCGGAAAAGGAAAGAAGAGGAGGAGCGACUGAGACAGGAGGAGGAGGAGAGGGAGCGACAAAGGCAGGAGGAGGAGAGACGAAGGAUUGAGGAGGAGGAGAGGUUGCGAAGAGAGGAAGAGGAACAGAGGCAGGCAGAGUUGGAGAGGCUACGGAUUGAGCAGCAGAAACAACAGAUAAUGGCAGCAUUGAACGCCCAAACAGCAGUGCAGUUCCAACAGUAUGCCGCUCAGCAGUACCCCAACAAUCCAGAGCAACAGAUGAGCCUUAUCCGCCAGCUUCAGGAGCAGCACUAUCAGCAGUACAUGCAGCAGCUCUACCAGGUCCAACUGGCUCAGCAGCAGGCGGCCUUACAGAAGCAGCAGCAGCAGCAGAAUGAUUCAGCUCUGCAGGGUACCUUUGAUUCCAACAGCUUUAACAGUGCUGAAAUCACGUCUGCAUCAGCGGCUGGAACGUUAUGUGCUGCUUCACCACUUUCCAGUGAGGAAGCUCCUACUGUCAAUGGAGGCCAGUCAGACUCUUACUCUGAGAGCAUGGACAAAGAGCCGGAGCCAGAGCCUGCAGUCGAAGUCUCUGAGAACGGGCCUUUAUUAGCAGACUCUCCACCAGUCAUAGCCGCGCCGUCCAUGUGGACGCGGCCGCAGAUCAAGGACUUCAAGGAGAAAAUCCGCCAGGAUCCCGACAGCGUGAUCACAGUGGGGCGUGGCGAAGUUGUGACGGUGCGCGUUCCCACCCACGAGGAAGGAUCUUACCUGUUCUGGGAGUUUGCUACAGACUAUUAUGACAUUGGCUUUGGGGUGUUCUUUGAGUGGACAGACGCUGCCUCUGCUUCAGUCAGUGUGCACGUGUCGGAGUCCAGCGACGAAGACGAGGAUGAUGAAGGAGAUCCUCCCACCGAGGAGGAGAAGGCAAAGAAGGAGGCAGGGAAGCCUCAUGUGGAUGAGAUUGUGCCGGUUUACCGGCGGGACUGUCACGAAGAGGUGUAUGCCGGCAGCCACCAGUAUCCUGGGCGCGGAGUCUACCUGCUCAAGUUUGACAACUCCUAUUCCCUUUGGCGCUCCAAGAGCGUCUACUACAGAGUCUACUACACCAGAUAAGCCCGACUAAAGACGCAGGGAGAGCCGAAGAGUGUUUGUUCAUAUUAUGUGUGUGUAGGUGAAGAUGUAUGUAAAGGCAGCCUGUAUCUGUGUGUGAAGGACUAAUUGAUCCGUUAUGGUUGGAAAAGACCACCAGAGGGAGGCAGAGAGACGCAUCUGGAGCCCUUACUGGAGAUUUCACUGAUGUAUUCCGUUUGUGCAGGCGUGAACCAAGUUCCAGCCAUGCUACACAUCUUGUUUGAGCCUUUGGGUAAAAGGAGUGUGCAUAACUGUUGUAAAUUCACCAACUGCCCUUGCUGCACUUGCAUACACAAAGCUGUAGGAGUGUCCUCUAAACCUUUGUGUUACCACUUUUUUUUUUUUUCUACCCCUCCGCUGAGCACACCAGCCUGGGACGUCCCAGUCCCAGCCAUAUUCUGAAUCCCGUCCUUGUGCGACUGACAUCUAUUAAACGAGAGGAAGCUCGGCAUGUCCAACACUGUGAGCUGAGUUUUCCUGUUUGUUGGAAAGAACGCCCCCCCCUUCCACCCGCCUCCGAAAAAGACAGACUGUUGGAAAUCCAGCGCUACUGCAAAAUGUUUCUUCAUAACACUAUGCCUUUUUCCAGAGAUCCUCUGGUUCACACAUUAAAAACAUCAGUGGAGACAAACAUAAACAUGUUUUUUGUUGUGAAACAAUCGUGUCGGUCUUUUCCAGAAUCACUAAGCUCAGAUGAAGUCAGGAGGCUGAUGGGGUCAGAGCAAGUCAUGGAAGUCUUUCCAUGUCUUUGCUACCUUUUUGAUUUUUCUCUUCAUGACUGUAUGACAGGCCGAAUGCAGAACCGGUAAUUUUUUUUUGGAGACUACUAGCAUGCAUAUGAAGGACAGGUAAUAGUAUAAGGAUCUCCUGGCCCCUUUAAACAGAUGCAGUGCAGAAAAACUUUAAAUUCAGAUCAUAUUUAAAUGCAGUUUUUCAUCUCCAGGCUGCUGUGCCCUCUGUCCUUUGCUCUCUGUGGUGCAUCAAACUGCUGACUUAAAUUUUAUAUAUUUUCGGAAUGCCAGUAAUCUCCAGCACCUGGCCGUAAAACUACCAACAAUCCCGAACCGCUCUGUUACAUCUGCAGAAAUCUGAAAGGCAUAAAUAUUUACUUUUUACUCUUUCUGUUGUGGUUUGCCUCAGAGAGCCGCCGAUCUUCAUCCCUAUUGCUUAGAGAAUUGUGUUCUGCAUGAUGUGUCGAUAUUUUUCAAAGCUAACCCCAUUUCUGCAUCCACGUGGUUUCUUUUGCCUCUGCUUGACGAAUUGUUCUCCAAACGUUUGUUUAAACUGGGGGUUUGUUCAAUGGCUGAAGGAAAAAGGUUCUUGUUUUUGGCUUUAUUACACUGUGCUGUGUGUGUGUGUCCAAAGGUAAAUAAGGGUCUGUUCAUCAGUUUCCAGUCAUUUAAAUACACUCUGCUCGAAAGCAUUUAGUGAUUUGUUCAUCUAAUUGUCACUACGUAUGGCUCAGUCAAUGCCAUUUCCUGUACCUGAAAAGGUGUUUGAUUAUUUUUUUUUUCUAACCAGUUGGUUUUAGUUGGUCAAGCCUUGUAUGUAAAUAAUUAAAUAAAUGGGUUUAUGUGUUGGGUUUUUAGACUUGGAGGAAGGAAACAUUUUUGCAAAUCGCUGCACUGUAUUAUAAGGUGAAUGAGGUUGUUUUGCCCCAUAUCUUGUUAAAAGUACAAAUGUAUAAGACUAUUGGUAUGAAAGAGAAGCUCAUCUUUAUUUUACUUUUUGAGUUCAUAAGUUGCUAAAUCAUUUUGGGCAUAUAUUUAAUCUUGAUUAAAC